AUGGAACAUACCGGGUCCCAAGCUCCUCCUGAGAUCACUUUCUCUACUUCUCCUCGUUCUGCCUCUUUCAUCGACCGAGUUCUUCGUCGAGCCUCUGGCAGCCAUAGCAGAAUUCCAACCCUCAACCUGCCCGCCGAGGUUCCCUCCAACAACACAUUAGACAACACAUCCUCGCGGCCUCAGUCCCGCUCUUCCUCCCGCUCGUCCCACAAGCGUGCCCCGCUUACUAUCGACACUUCUGUAGCCUCAGCCAGUAUGGUCUCGAACAAGAAGUCCAAGUCCACUCAUCUCACUGUCGUCGAGACCACAAACACUCGCUCUAGCUCCCGUUCACGGUCUCGAUCUCGAACUAGGAGAUCUCCAUCUCCAUCUCCAAAUAUCGACAUCAUGAGCCAGUCUUCCCGAGUAGCCAGUAUCAACCAUGUGGGUAGACACACGAAUGACUGGCUAUUUGGUGGAUUCCACCUCACAUCAAAGAUCGGUGCACAGAGGGGAAGGGCAAAGUAG